AAAACCAAAAAAGAUAAACAAUUUUUUAACACAAGGAAGAAAAGCUAAAGCCUUUUUAACUUUAUUGUUUACAAGAAUAAAAAGGUCACCACCCUCCAUCCCCUUCCUCUUCCCACAUCAAUUCCACAAACCAAAACCUAACAUUUCUAGAGAGAGAGACUCAUCAAGAACAAGUUUUUUUAGACUGAGAAAGCAUAACAUAAGGUUAAUGUUCCCAUCAUCAUCAGAAAUCUCUCCAGUCAUGCAUCAUCAUCAACAACCAUCAUCAUGGAGUACCCUACCUCAAGUGUUGCACCACAACACCAUCUUCAACCCACUUAUUCAAUACCCGACCCGAGAUCAAGACCCGUUUCUCUUCUCUCCACCACCGCCACCACCUCCUCCUCCGCUUUCAUGCUACGGCAGUUUGUUCAACAGAAGUGUGCCAAAUGGGUUGCAGUUUGCAUAUGAUGGUAGCUCGUCGUCGGAUCAAUUAAGACUCAUAUCCGAGACACUAGGACAUGUUGUCCAACCCGGAUCCGGCCCGUUUGGGCUCCAAACUGAUAUGGGUAAGAUGACUGCUCAAGAGAUCAUGGAUGCUAAAGCUUUAGCAGCUUCCAAAAGCCAUAGUGAAGCAGAACGACGACGUAGGGAACGAAUCAACAAUCACCUUGCAAAGCUUCGAAGCUUACUCCCAAGCACCACAAAGACGGACAAGGCUUCAUUGCUAGCUGAAGUCAUACAACAUGUGAAAGAAUUAAAGCGUCAAACUUCAAUAAUCACCGAACACAGUCCAGUCCCCACCGAGAUUGAUGAACUAUCUGUGGACAAUGCGUCUGAUAAAGAUGGUAAACUUGUGAUCAGAGCUUCACUAUGCUGUGAGGAUCGAUCAGAUCUCUUACCGGACCUCAUCAAGACUUUAAAGGCCCUUAGACUAAGAACCCUAAAGGCCGAGAUCACAACACUUGGUGGACGUGUGAAGAAUGUUUUAUUCAUCACUACAGAAGAUCAUUUAACCGGAAAUGAUGAUCAACAAAUGGUGAAUUACUCGAUAAGCACGAUCCAAGAAGCACUCAAACAAGUGAUGGAGAAAACAAAUGGUGUUGAUUCCUCUUGUGGGAGUGUAAAGAGACAAAGAACUAAUAGCAUCAAUAUCCUUGAGCAUCAUAGAUCUCUUUAACAGUUUAACGGCCAUAUACAAGUGACCGAUUGAUCAAAGUUACCAACUUGCUACUUUUUAGGGCAUAAGUCUGGUUUAUUCCUUUGUGUGGGGUGUUUUGCUUGUUUCUUUUUUAAGGCUUUUUAGUUAUCAUUGGUAUGCUUAAUUUGUUUCUAGAUUAAUGUGUGUAUGAAGAUCAAAACGAUGGUACUUCAUGGGUGAUAUUCAAUUGAUUUUGGAUCUUCAUUUUUAAAAUUUCAUGUAA